GUGUAAGUCAUAUUUUAUAAAUCAAAAAACAACAAUUUGCUGAAAGAGGAGAGGCAAGUCUAUACUUUUGAUUGUUUUCUUUCUCUUCAACUCCGGAUUGUAGCUGUCUCCUUAUAUACUUUCUUCUUGGUAUUUUGUGGGUUUUUAUCUUUAGUUUUUUUUUUUCUUCUUCUUGUUUCUUAGUGGAUUGAUAUCUGCAAAGAUUUUCAGAGGGGGACUAAAGGGAUUGUAAAACAUCUCUCUCCUAUGGCAAGAACCCUUUAUUUUGGUUUUCUUUCCAUAAAGAAUAGGAGGGAAAGCUGAAAUUUUUAUGCCGAUUGUGGUAAUUUGGGUGAUUUCUGGAUUCUAGGUUUGGUGGUGCUGAAAAAGAAGAAGAAUUGAAGAAGUAGCAGGUAGCCUUGCCCCGAGAAACAAGAAAAGAUAGCAAGCAAGCAACAAUUAAUAGCUAUAUAAUCUUUGAAGAUGGCCGCAUCUUCAUCAUCCACACCUUUCUUUGGAACCAGGGAAGACAAUCAAAACCAGAUGAUACAACAACUAUCAUCCACCACGCCCACUUCAUCAACUGCUCCAACAGCGGCACCUCAGAAGAAAAAGAGAAAUCAGCCUGGAACACCAAAUCCAGAUGCGGAAGUGAUAGCACUGUCUCCCAAGACUCUAAUGGCAACAAACAGGUUCAUUUGUGAGGUAUGCAACAAAGGGUUCCAAAGGGAGCAAAACUUACAGCUCCACAGAAGAGGACACAACCUCCCUUGGAAGCUAAAACAGAAGACUACAAAAGAAGUGAAGAGGAAGGUUUAUCUUUGCCCUGAGCCCACUUGCGUCCACCAUGACCCCUCUAGGGCACUUGGUGACCUUACUGGCAUCAAAAAGCAUUACUCAAGAAAACAUGGUGAGAAAAAAUGGAAGUGUGAGAAGUGUUCCAAGAGGUAUGCCGUGCAAUCCGAUUGGAAAGCUCAUUCAAAGACUUGCGGCACUAGAGAGUACAGAUGUGACUGUGGCACUCUUUUCUCAAGACGUGAUAGUUUUAUCACUCACCGGGCCUUUUGCGAUGCACUGGCUCAAGAAAGCGCAAGACAUCCGACCAACUUCAGCACAAUUGGUAGUCAUCAUCUAUUUGGAAGUAAUCAUAUGAGUUUAGGACUAUCACAAGUGGGCUCCCAAAUUCCCUCAUUGCAAGACCAGAAUCAACCAUCGAUUAAUAUAUUGCGGUUGGGAAGCGCUGGAGCAGCGAAGUUUGAGCACCUUAUCCCACCAUCCAAUCCUUCUUCGUUACAAAACAUGCCAACAUCUGCAUUCUUCAUGCCUGAUGCGGCAAACCAAGGUUUUCAUCAAGACCACCAAUCUCACCAUGGGCAUGGAUCAUAUCUAAACAAACCAUUACAUGGUCUUAUGCAACUUCCUGACCUUCAAGGCAAUACUAACAAUCCGGCUGCACCUGCCAAUCUUUUCAAUUUAGGCUUCUUUUCCAAUAACAGCGCUGCAAGCAGCAUAAGUACCAGUGAAAAUGCCGGUGCAUCCGCCAACUUACCGAAUUCAGGAUUUUUAGGCAGUAAUCAGUUUAACAGUGGGAAUGCAGGUGGUAGUGGUCAAGGGACAGGAAUGUUCACUACUAGCAUGGGUGACCAGGUUGGUUCAGGACUCUCCUCUCUUUAUAGCACCUCAAUGCAACAUGAGAACAUUUCUCCACACAUGUCAGCAACUGCAUUGCUUCAAAAAGCUGCUCAAAUGGGUUCAACUACAAGCAGCAACACUUCCUCAUUGCUAAGGGGAUUGGGAAGUUCUUCAUCAAGUGGGACUAAAUCCGAUCGACCAGUUUUAUCCGCUAACUUCGGCAGUAAUUUUGGCGGUGGCAGUAGUGUAACUGAAACUCUAAGAUCACAGAUGGAGAACGAUAGUAAUCUUCAAGGACUAAUGAACUCUCUUGCAAAUGGUAACUCUUCCAUUUUCGGGGCCGGCCAUGGACAAGAUCAUAGCAACUUCGGAGGGUUCAGUGGUAGUGGGAUGACAAUUGAACAGCAGAACAAUAAUGCCAACUUUUGCAACGUUAAUGAGGCUAAGUUAACAUUGGAUUUUCUAGGUGUUGGAGGAAUGGUAAGAAACAUUGGUGGACGUCAACAUGGGAUUAAUAUUAGCUCUUUGGACCCCGACGUGAAGUCAUCAGCUCAAGCAGCAACCCAACACUUUGGUAGUGCAAAACUUGUCUAAGCGCUAGGCAAGCUAGCUUUGCAGGGUUAAUAUGUAGGGAAAACUUUUCUCUUCGUUUUUUGAAUUAGGGUUUCAUUCCUAAAGUGUUUUAUGGCUUACUCUAGCUAGAUUCAAUCAAGUUAUUUUCGUAA